UGAGCUUAAGCUGAAGGGAAGAAAAGAUCCGAAUUGCAGUGUCUUAUACGCCCUUGAAAUUUCCCUUUUUUUUUCUUCUCUUGUGAAAAAUAAAGAAAGUUUCUUUUUUUUGAAAUUUCUCUUCUUCUUCAUCAACUUCACUUGGACACGACAGAAAGACUGUCUUUGUCUCUGUUCUUGAACCAACGGAGCCGACCAGAGUACAAAAGCUCAGUUCUUUUUCUCUGGGUCGAUAGGAAAUUGCACCAGAAGAAGCGAUCAGCCAGAUUGCUGCCUCGAUUGACCUCAGCUACUUCGAUUCAGGGUGUUAUCGAAAGUUGUCGGGGUUUGNUGAACCGGUUUCGAUUCAGCAGGGCUCGGGUUUUUUCGAGAAUCAUCUGUCUCAUGAUCACAGGUUCUCUGCAAAAUGGGGUAUGUACAUGUGGAGAAGAAAUGGGUUUUCCCUCUCGUGAUCACAUCCCUCCUCUGCGUUUUCCUCUUCGCGACUUCCUUCAACGUCGGUCUCGUCUCUUCCCUCCGGACAAUCAACGGGAUCUUCGCCAUCAUUCCCUCUCGCCUCUCCGCAAAUCAGACAAGACCGGACUUUGCAGAGUCCAAACUCACGACGGCUUCGCCCCAUCAUGAUCGAGAAGAAGAAGAAGACAGACUUCCUCGGUUCGCUUACUUGGUGUCUGGAUCUAAAGGGGAUCUAGACAAGCUUUGGAGGACACUUAGAGCACUGUACCAUCCAAGGAACCAGUAUGUUGUCCACUUGGAUCUUGAAUCCUCGGUGGAGGAAAGGCUCGAGCUUUCUUCCCGGAUUCUUAAGGAUUCGAUGUAUAGUAAGAUGGGGAAUGUCUUUAUGAUAACAAAGGCUAAUCUUGUUACUUAUCGAGGACCGACAAUGGUGGCAAAUACCCUUCACGCCUGCGCGAUUCUCCUUAAGCGAAGCUCGGAUUGGGAUUGGUUUAUCAAUCUCAGUGCUUCGGAUUAUCCUCUUGUGACCCAAGAUGAUCUGAUUGAUACGUUUUCGACUUUGGACCGGAACCUCAACUUCAUCGAACACACGAGCGAGCUCGGCUGGAAAGAGGAGAAGCGAGCAAUGCCGCUGAUGAUCGAUCCCGGGCUGUACAUGUUGAACAAGUCCGACAUUUUCUGGGUCUCGCCUCGUCGGAGUUUGCCAACCGCGUUUAAGUUAUUCACAGGAUCGGCUUGGAUGGUUCUGUCGCGCUCGUUCGUGGAGUACUGCAUAUGGGGAUGGGACAACUUACCCCGAACCCUCCUCAUGUACUACACCAACUUCGUUUCGUCGCCCGAGGGUUACUUCCAGACCGUCAUUUGCAAUGUUCCCGAGUUCUCGAAAACCGCAGUGAACCACGACCUCCAUUACAUCUCAUGGGACAACCCGCCGAAGCAGCAUCCUCAUGUAUUGUCCCUCAAUGACACCGGAAAGAUGAUUUCAAGUGGCGCUGCUUUCGCACGGAAGUUCAGGCAGGACAACGAGGUUUUGGAUACGAUCGAUAGGGAACUGCUUAGACGGAAGGGCAAGCGAGGAGGGUUCACUCCUGGUGGGUGGUGCUCCGGGAAACCAAAGUGCUCGAAAGUUGGCAAUGUCGGUAAGAUUAAGCCGAGCCAGAGGUCGCAGAGGCUUCGGGAGCUCGUCGGUAGGUUAGUUUCCGAGGCUAAAUCGGGUAAUACUCAGUGUAAAUAAGAUAAGAAUGGAUCGAUCCAUUCGGGGAAACUGUCUUUUACGGUUACGGUUGGAGAACACCGGUGUAGAGUAUCUGAAACAGUGUGGUGGCCGGUGAUCGGAAAUCGGAGAGGCGAAGAAUAGAGACUGAGACUGUCCUUUUGAUUGAAGGGUCAGUCUCCUUUGAGAGAGGCUUAGGAUAAAUAUUCAAGACAGGGAAUUUCGUUUUGUCUUGUCUUGUCUGAGCAGAAGUAUCAUCAUUUCUGGUUAUGUGAUCUCGUAACGAUGAGAGAUGCCUUGCUUUCCACGUUA